AUGGAUCUAGCGACUUUUUUCAAUGAGCUGGCCCAAGCGAAUCUGUCGAUCCGCGAAUACACGUACUUUUUUGUCGCCGUGACCAGCAUUGGUGGAUGGAGUGAGGAAGCGCUGAAAGCGACGUACCGAGUCGGCCUGCCUACGCGCCGGUGGCAAGAGUCGCCCGGAAUCGAGGGUUACACCUGGUGGGAGUACGUCGAUCUAAUCUUGUCGACGUUCGCAGCUGACGAACCUCCCCUCUCGAUCCCGGGUGUGCUCUCCACGGGAAUCAACACCUCCACGCUGCCAGCUUGGUCCGCUCCAGAGCCGAACGAGGAGGAUUCGGGGAAAACAGUGGCAAAUUCUUCGAGCAAGUAUUUGUCACCUUCCUCUGUUGGGAAAAGACCAUCAUCACGACUCCCACAACAUAGACGGAAGAAGCGCAAAGAGAUGGAUGAUAUCUUGGCUGAAACCAACCAGCCCAAACAAAAUGCAUAUAUCAUCAAGUUAUUUGACCGUAGUGUUGACUUGGCACAGUUUGGCACCACCAUUCCACUCUACCCCAUCUGUCGGACAUGGAUGAGAAACAACCCUGCUGUGCAAGAGAAAAAUUCCCCCAGCCCCCCUCACAUCUCUGGAGAGGAUGAGAUGACUGACACGUUGAACGACAAAGGUCAGAACGUGUCCAGGCUUCCUCCACCUGUUUCCUGCUCAGUCAAUUCUGCAGGGGAACCUGUUAAUCUCGGAAUUCCUUCUGUAGAAAAACCUGCAGAGAGCCAGUCUUUAGAAACUGCUGUAGGGGCGUCACCUCUUAUCUUCAGUCACAUCAAACGCUGGAAAAAUAUUAGACAGAAGUGGAAGGAGGCCUCCAGUAAAAACCAGCUAAGAUACAGCGAGAGCAUAAAAAUCCUUAAGGAAAUGUACGAGCGUUAG